CAAAGACAAAAAUAGAACCGGCUUCGAUUUUCAUGAUUAGUCCGGGGUGGUGGAAGAAGGACGAAGCAGGCUCAGCGGUGGUUAAUCCUUAAAUCCUGUCAGGCGAAGAAAACACGUAUCAUGGACAGCCGAAAGCGCCCGAGAGAAGAGCUGCUGAGUGUGGAGAUCCUAAAAACGCCUGAUAAGCGAAUUAUAACCGCGGGGAAGCGGAAAGAAGAAGGGAAUUUCAAGCACUGGGACACCGAGGAAACCUGCUCCUACCUUCGCCAGCACGGGCUCGGAGAAUGGGAACAAAGGUUCAGAGAACAGAAGAUAACAGGAUUGGGGCUACGCUAUCUCACUGAACUACAGCUGGAGAAGAUGGGCAUAGAGCCCCUGGGCUCCAGGCUGGAGAUCCUCCACUGUUUCAGUAAACUCUGGCAGAUCUCCUCUGAGUGUAUGAAGGUGUUUAACGAUCCGAUUCACGGCCACAUCGAGCUCCAUCCUCUGCUGGUGCACAUCAUCGACACUCCUCAGUUCCAGAGGCUGCGCCACAUCAAACAGCUGGGAGCCACCUACAUGGUGUUUCCUGGAGCUGCGCACAACCGCUUCGAACACUGCAUAGGUGUUGGAUAUUUAGCCGGUUGUCUGGUCCAAGCUCUGAACGAUAGACAGCCUGAGCUCCUCAUCACCAAGCGAGACAUCCUGUGUGUUCAGAUUGCUGGCUUGUGCCAUGAUCUGGGUCACGGCCCUUUUUCCCACAUGUUUGACGGAUUGUUUAUCCCGAAGGUCCGACCUGGACUGAAGUGGAAGCACGAGGAGGCGUCGGUGCAGAUGUUUGACCACUUGGUGAAAGCGAAUAAUCUGGAGGGAGUGAUGGAGGAACACGGUCUCUCUCUACCUAAGGACCUGAUCUUCAUUAAAGAGCAGAUCAUCGGGCCGCUGGACUCCAUCUCCUUGGCCAAAAAGUGGCCGUACAAGGGCAGAUCGGAAGAGAAAGCGUUCCUGUUCGAGAUCGUAGCUAAUAAGAGGACCGGCAUCGACGUGGACAAGUGGGAUUAUUUCGCAAGAGACUGCUAUCACCUGGGCAUCCAGAACAACUCCGACUAUCGUCGCUUCCUCAAGUUCGCUCGAGUGUGUGACGUGAAGGGCAAGAAACACAUCUGCACCAGAGACAAGGAAGUAGGUGAUUUAUACGACAUGUUUCACACUCGGAACUGUCUCCAUCGCCGAGCAUACCAACACAAAGUGGGCAACGUCAUCGAGGUCAUGAUAACAGAAGCUCUGGUGAAAGCCGAUCCAUACGUUCAGAUUCGGGGCUCAUCAGGAAAGAUGUUCAGAAUCUCAGAAGCCAUCGAGGACAUGGAGGCGUACACUAAACUCACAGAUCACAUUUUCGAGCAGAUCCUGUACUCGUCUGAUCCGAGGCUGUCUGAAGCUCAGGACAUCCUGCAGAACAUCAUCUGUAGACGGCUGUACAAGUGUGUGGGGCAGACCACACCCGACUCUCACUAUGACGUGUCACAGGAAAUGUUGUGCAUGUGGGCUCGCGAGGUGUCUGAGAGUAAACCCGACGGCACCGAGGUGGAUCUGAUGCCCAAGGACUUCGUGGUUAACGUGAUUUGUAUGGAUUAUGGAAUGAAAGAGAAGAACCCUGUGAACAACGUGUACUUCUACUGCAAGAACGACCCCACUAAAGCCAUCAAGAUCCGCAAGAACCAGGUAUCCAAGUUACUCCCGGAGCGAUUUGCGGAGCAGCUGAUCAGAGUUUACUGCAAAAAAACAGACGAGAGGAAUCUAGAAGUGGCGAAGAAAUACUUUGUGCAGUGGUGCAUGAACAGAAAUUUCUCCAAACCUCAGGACGGCGAUGUCACGGCCCCAGAGCUCACUCCACUAAAGCACGACUGGCAGAAUAAAGACGAUGACGAUGAUGAAGAUGACAGCGACGGCGACGUCAGAGGUCGAGUGAUGCUCAACCGCGGAAAACCUGUAAAAACAAACCUGUUCCAUUUGCCACGAGAAAAAACAAGCUAAAGUUUUGGCACCCCAUGAACAAAUGCUCAGGCUCAGUGUUUCGGUACUCCUAGCACCACCAGAGGGCGCUAUAAACGUGUUUCCUUCUAGUGGCAGUAAAUGAGCUAAGACGUGAACUUCUGUGGAAUCUGUCUAUUAAUCAGAUCACAUGGGUUUUGUAUUAAUUUACAAUAUCGGCAUUUAAAAUAGCAUAAUACAUUCUGUCUGUGGUGAUAAUAAUAAUAAUAAUUAUAAUUAUAAUUAUAAUUAUAAUUCUAUAACAAAAAUAUGGGCAAAAAUAUCACAUGACCAUACCUGACAAUUCCUAUGUAUCUUGUAUCCUAUGUAUGUAAGUAACCGAGUCUGGUGAUACUUUUAGAUUUGGCAUAAAAAAUCUUUAUAACAAUUUUAGAUGACAAUAUUAUAUUCAGAAGAGAUACCUUAAGGUUAUUUAUCAUGCUAGCAGUAGUAUCCUAACGCAAUACAUUGCAGUGUUAAUAUAUUAAAACCUAGAUCAAGCUUAAGGACAGAUCUUUUCCUGAGAGAACUUGAAUGCUUCCUGAAAAUGCUGCCUAUUCAGAGUGGAAAUAAAAAAUAUUACAGAUAAAUAAAACGAUAAAAAAUCCGUACCAGUGUAUAACCAGUGAGUCUAUCGGCCUUGCAGCAAAUAAAAUUAAAUCUAAAAAAAAUGUUACUGCAAGAAAUAAUCUUAACUCGCUUUCUUUUCAUU